AAAAUAAUGCAAUCAACAAGAUUGGUUAUAAAAAUAAAUUGGGUUUUUUAUUAAUUUAAUAAUAAAUAAUAAUUACUAUAUUAAUUGAGAUUAUGUAAGUGAAAUGGCCAUCACGACAUGAUUAAAGGAAGCUGGCAAGAAACAAACAAAAUAUACUCCAUAGCUUGGAAAUUGAAAUUCUUCUAUAUAAUUUUAAUUUCCAAUACUGAAAUAUAUGUGUUCAUUUUUUUGAGUUAUUUUUGAGGAAAAAGAUGAAGUUUGGUAAGGAAUUUGCAGCACAAAUGGUGCAAGAAUGGCAGGAAGCAUACAUGGAUUACAGUAAACUGAAGUCAAUAUUGAAAGAUAUCUUAAGAUUCAAACAACAAAACAAGGAACCAUUGACAAUGGCUACAACUACAACAACAACAACAAAAGGGGCAUUGAAUCGAAGAGCAUCACUUUAUAGGGCAUUUAGUGGACUUACAAAUCGGUAUAAACCAGUUUCUGCAAUGAAGAACAAUGAAGACGAAGUUAUAUUAGUGAGUGCAGUUCAAGGAGGAGGAGUUGAAGGGGAUUACCAAACAAUGUUUCUUAUGUCAGGUGAAGAAGGAGGUGAGUUUGAGCUACUCUUUUUUAGGAGACUUGAUGAUGAGUUCAACAAAGUUCUUAGAUUUUACAAGAAAAAAGUUGAAGAAGUAAUAUUGGAAGCUGAUGAGUUGAGUAAGCAAAUGAAUGCUUUAAUUGCUCUUAGGAUUAAGGUUGAUAAUCCAGUUGUUAAAGGAACUGAUAUGGUUAAUCUUGCUGAUAAGGGGUUUUCUUCAAAUUCUUCAUCACUGUCUCAUAGUCAUCCCAUCAAUGGUGGAAAGCAAGGACGGACUCAUAUGGAUGUUAUCCAAGAAACUGAGAUGAGCAAUGAAGAAGAAAUGAAGGAAAUUGAUAAUAGACAUUUUAGACCAGCUCCAUUAGAUGUUUUGAAUCAUGUAAAGAUCAAUGUUGAGCUUGAAACUCCUAUAGCUACACUUAGAAGUGUCAUCAAAAGUUCAAAAUCAGAUUUGUCAUUCAGCAAGCAAGAAUUGAGGACUGCGGAGGAAAAAAUCACCCAGGCUUUUGUAGAAUUCUAUAGAAAACUUAGACUUUUGAAAAGCUACUGCUUCUUGAAUCAGUUGGCAUUUUCCAAGAUCAUGAAGAAAUAUGAUAAGAUCACAUUGCGAAAUGCAUCAAAAGCUUACUUGCAAAUGGUGGACAAAUCAUAUCUUGGCAGUUCUGAUGAGGUUACUAAGCUUAUGGGAAGGGUUGAGGAUACUUAUGUUAAACACUUUGCUAAUGGAAAUCGUAGAAAAGGACUGAAAACUCUAAGACCACAAGCUAAAAAAGAAAGGCAUAGGAUUACAUUUCUCUAUGGCUUCUUCUCUGGUUGCUCCAUUGCACUAAUAGUGGCCAUUAUUGUGAGCAUACAUGCUAGAAAUCUUCUUAAGAGUCAAGGAAGAGAUCAAUACAUGGUCAAUAUAUUUCCACUUUACAGCCUAUUUGGUUACAUUGUCUUGCAUAUGCUCAUGUAUGCUGGAAAUGUAUUCUUUUGGAAGCGUUAUCGAGUCAACUUUUCGUUUAUAUUUGGUUUCAAGCAAGGAACAGAGUUGGGAUAUAGAGAAGUACUUCUUCUUAGCAGUGGUCUUUCAUUGCUUGCAUUAGCUGGUGUCAUUUCACAUUUGGAUAUGGAAAUGGAUCCAAGAACUAAAAGCUUCAGAACUUUAACUGAGCUAAUUCCCUUGUUCCUGCUCAUUGUUGUGCUUUCAGUAACAUUCUGCCCUUUUAAUAUCAUAUAUCGAUCAAGUCGAUUCUUUCUUAUCAGAUGUGUAUUUCACUGUGUUUGUGCACCUCUUUACAAGGUCACUCUCCCAGAUUUCUUCUUGGCAGAUCAACUUACUAGCCAGGUUCAAGCAUUUAGAAGCCUGGAGUUCUACAUUUGCUACUAUGGUUGGGGAAACUUCGAAGAGAGAUCAAACACCUGUGAAGAAAGUGAAGUUUAUAAAGUGCUUUACAUAGUUGUUGCCAUUAUUCCAUACUGGUUCCGUUUUGUUCAGUGUCUUAGACGUUUGGUUGAAGAAAAAGAUACAGCACACGGUCUGAAUGGUCUGAAAUACUUCUCAACAAUCACCGCGGUCGCCAUUAGAACCAUUUAUUCACACCAGAAGCAGAAAACAAAAACAUGGCUGGUCUUGGCUGCUGCAACUUCUGGUAUUGCAACAAUGGCUAGCACAUACUGGGACAUAGUUAUAGAUUGGGGUCUUCUUAAUAGGAAUUCAACAAACCCUUGGCUUAGAGAUAAGCUCGUUGUACCACACAAAGGGGUUUAUUAUGCAGCCAUGGUGUUGAACUGUGUAUUGAGACUUGCUUGGAUGCAGCAAGUGUUGGGCAUUCAAACUGUGCCUUUCCUGCAUAAAACAGCUUUGGUUGCAGUAGUGGCUAGCUUGGAGAUCAUUCGCCGCGGCAUUUGGAAUUUCUUCAGGUUGGAGAAUGAGCAUUUAAACAAUGUGGGAAAGUACAGAGCAUUCAAGUCAGUGCCCUUGCCCUUCUACUAUGAAUACAAUGCAGAUAAGAGUAUAUAAAAAUGGAGAAUUGUGCCCGGCACGAUUACUAUGGUAAUAUUUAAGUGGACAUUGGUUUGAGCGUAAUUAAGUAAAUAUUUUGUUUUUCAUUUAAAGGUUUGAGAAAAGUUACAGAUAGAAAUAAACAAUUUUUGUAUAAGCAAAGAGUAUAUAAUAGUCAGUGAGUGAAA